AACGGCAGCACGCAUGUGCCGUCAACCCGGAUGUAGAAGUAUAUCCAUUCUUCCGACCUCUGUUUAUGAUUUCACGUUAUACAUUUCAAUAUGAACACAGUGAUUUCUUUUUCACCCUAAAUAGUUAGACAGGUCUGGUCCGGGUCAAGAUUCGAAGAGACAGCUGUGUCACAGAUCAUCAGGUGACGGUCAGGCGUCUGCUGAUGAAAUGAGUUAGCCUAGUUUAAACUCACUAUUUGUAACGGUUUAGUUAGGCUACUAUAUGGAGACAUAGUUUAUGUUACCAUGGGUGCCAAUUUUUCCGAGAAAUGUCUAACACAUGUGUUAUCAGCUGUUUUAACAUUUUAUUUAGUUGUCUAUUUAGCUGAUUUUAGUAAGGAAUAGUGUGUGAUGCAACCGCCUGUUAAAUUCACGUCCAGAACGUAAACAUUGCGUUAGAAGGAAGUAUGGCAGUCCUCUAAUCAACUAGGUAGGUAGCCUACAACCUGUCAGAUUGCGAUUAUAGAUAUGGAUUUUCGAGGUAAAAAGUAUGAACGUGGGAGCAACUGGUCUGACCCGGAGGUGGCCGAGUUGUUGCAGCUUUGGUCGGACGAGUCAGUCCAGAUUGAGUUGGAGAGCUGUCUGCGGAACCAGCACGUAUUCAAUCGUAUUGCAGAGGUUUUGCACGGGAAAGGAAUUUUCCGGACGGGGGAUCAAUGCAGGGAGAAAAUUAAAAAGAUGAAACUGGAAUAUCGUCGCAUUAAAGAAAACCAAAAGAGAACUAUUAGGGGCGGAAGAACCUGGAAGUUCUAUGAAGUCAUGGACCGUGUCUUGACGAACCGACCAUCCUUGUCCUACUCUUCAGGAGGAGGUGGUGGCAUCAUGGCUCAUCAGCUUUUGCCAGCAGCAGGUUACUCAGCAGACACGUACCUCCACGGCCUGCCGACAGCAGCCUUCGGAUCUUCAACAUCAGCUUCUUAUUUGUUUAGUCACCCCCCUAAGCCUGGUGACUUGCUGGAGAUCAAAAGCGAAGACGUCAACUCUGAGGACGGACUUCUGAGUUCAGGAGGCCCUGCGGAACUUUUGUAUCACAUAGGGUCAGGUGACGAGCCAGAUGCUGACAGUAAAUCACUGGGAGCCGACAUUGAGGACCCAGGGGAGGCGGGAAGAGCGGAAGGUGCGACUGACGCGCGGCUGUCCCCUUCAGGCAUGAGUGAUCAGAACAUGGCCGGUUCGUCAGGCACAGGCAUGUCUGUGCGAGAUGGUGGCGGCGGGGGUGAAGAUAGGCCCAGAUCACAUGAUCAAGGUGGCCAGAAAGGCCCAAGCUUUGCACGUCAGCGAAAGCGUCGGUGUGUGGGCCGGGGGACGUGUGGUGGCGGUGGGAGCCGUCGUGCCGUGGACAAGGCUCUGCUGAGCUUCCUCACCUGGCAGCGGGAGGCUGAGGAGCGCCUGCUCUCCCUGGAGGAGGCGCGUCUGGAGCGGGAGGCACAGGCCGAGGAGCGGCGGCAGCGUCUGGACGAGCGUCGCGCCGAGCAGGAGCGCCAGCACGAAUUGCGUCUCCUCUCACUCUUUGCCGGGGCCCUGACGGGGGUUGCAGGGGGGCGAACAGAGGGUCGCUCCACCACUGUGGCAACCCCCUCUCAGGCAUCCACCCCUCCCCCCCUUGAGCGUCUCUCUACUCCUGCUGCCCCUGUCUCCUCCACUCCCGCAUCCUGCUCAGUUAGGGGACCUGAUGCCCCUGGUCACAGCAUCUUCCUUUCUCGCCGUGGCAACCGCAUCCGCCAGCACCAGGGCAUCCUGCAGGAAGGCUUCACUCAGUAUCAUGCAGACAAAUACAGUCAGGAAAACCCCAAUGGCAUCAUAAACAUGGGUACCAGUGAGAACAAACUGUGCUAUGACCUGCUUCACCAACGGUUAAGCCAGCCUGACAUGAUCCGCCUCGGGCCUUCCCUGCUGCAGUAUCCUGACUGGAAAGGCCACCCAUUCAUCCGUGGAGAAGUAGCCCGUUUCCUGACGCAAUACUGUCGCUCAGUGAAUCCCCUGAAGCCUGAGAACGUGGUGGUGAUGAAUGGCUGUGGUUCGCUCUUCUCUGCCAUUGCAGCCGUGCUUUGUGACCCUGAAGAUGCGAUUCUUAUCCCCACACCUUUCUACGGGUGCAUCACUGAAGAUGUGCAUCUCUACAGUAGCGUGCGGCUCGUUCAUGCACACCUGAGCGCUCAGCCGAGUGGCAGAGCCAACAGACCAUUUCACUUGAGUGUUGAUAUUCUGGAAUCUGCACUUUUAAAAGCAAAGAAAGAGGGUGUGAAUGUUAGAGGGGUCAUACUGGUAAAUCCCCAUAAUCCACUGGGAGAAAUGUACUCUUCGGAGGAGAUGACUGACUUCCUGGAGUUUGCUAAAAGACACGAGCUCCACGUCAUUGUGGACGAGGUCUACAUGCUGACAGUGUUUGAUGAGGCAGUGACCUUCCACAGCGUCCUCAGUCUGGACAGGUUGCCAGAUCCUCAGAGGACCCAUGUGCUGUGGGGGCUGAGUAAGGACUUUGCCAUGGCUGGCAUACGCGUUGGCACACUGUACUCCCAGAACAGGGACCUGGUGGAGGCACUGGACCAGCUGGGCUGCUUCCAUGGGGUGCCAGGACCCGUCCAACACCAGGUGGCCCGUUUGCUACAGGACAAGGGCUGGAUCAGUGACGAGUUCCUGCCCACCUGCAGGAAGCGGCUGCGGGCAGCUCACGGCUUCCUGGCGGAGGAGCUGAGGAAAAUGGACGUGCCCUACCUCCACCGGCCCGUCGGCUUCUUCAUCUGGGCCGACUUCAGUAAGUUCCUGAGUGAGGCCUCCUUCCCAGCAGAGCUGGAACUGUGGCGGAGGUUCCUGAGGCAUCGUGUCGUACUUAGCUGUGGCCAGGCCUUCUCCUGCUCCAGCCCCGGAUGGUUCCGGAUCGUCUUCAGCGAUGAGGAAAGUCGACUGCAACUCGGUAUGCAGCGGAUCAGACAGGCCCUGGAGGGGUUGAAGGAGUUGCACUCUCCUAACAACCUGGGGGAAGCGAAACAAGAGACCAGCAUGAAGAAUGAGAAAGACGCCAAAGACAGCAGCACCACGAGGGAGGCGUCUGGACCCACAGCCGCAGUGGAACCCAGCUCGGCCACCACCACUGACACUUUGUCCCUGGAUGGCGAGGAGCUCGUGGUGCUGGACUGCCAGACCUCUCAGUCGGGUGUAAAACUGGACAGCCUCAUCGGGGAGCUGCGGCAGCAGAUCCGCUCCUCCGAUUGGCUGGAGAAGAACACUCCGGAACUGACAGCCAGGGAGGACCCAGAGCUGUUUGAGGUGUUUAAAGAUCUGCUGGACAGAGCCAGGAAGUAGAGCAACAGCAGCGGCCCUACGUCCUCACAGCAAGCUUCUCAUGCCCACUGCUAGAACUCUCGGCACUACAGUAUAAACAGGGUGUCUGUCAACCAAAGAUUCUAGAACAGAGCUCUGUUCUAGAAUCUUUGCUGUCAACUCUCUGUCUUUGUUAACAGAUUUGUUAAAGAAUCUGAAGCCACUUUUAAACAAAUGUAAACAAAUGUCAUUGAUUUUAGAACUGAAAGGGGCUGGUGGGAAAUUGCCAACUUCAUUUUGGCCUUCAGUCUAAAGUCUCUUUCUCUUUAAGUUCAUUUACAAUUUCUACCAAUGUUAACUUUUCUUAACGUUUCUUGCCACUUGGCAGUCACUACAGUCAUCGUUAUGUCUUAAGUUUUGUUUAUAGAUUUCUAAACUAUAAAAGAAUGUUUUCUAUGCAGAUGUCAAAUGUUGGACAUUUGCUGGCUGGCACCUUCAACGUGUGUGUGUACGUUUUGACAUCAGCAUUUGUAAUUAUAUUACAACCACACUAAUGGAUCUGCAAUAAAUAGCACAUUCUGAUGUUUCAGAAAGUGACAGCUUUAAAUUCUUCGUCUAAGUAGGGUCUUAUAAUUUUACCAUUAAAACAUGAAUAUGCUCUACUGUCAUUUAAGGAUGAAAGUACAAAAUCAAAAAGGGUCACACUCCAAAAACUUUUAUUUUCUUUUAUUCUCUUUACCCCUACCCCUUUCUUUUAAUAUUUUUUAUUGUCUUUACCCCAAAAAAUAUUAAAAGAAAAUAAAAGUUUUUGGAAUGCGGCCAUUUUUUAUAUUGUAGUUUUACAAUAGGAAAGCACACCAGUUGUAGAAAAAGAGGGAGAGCACAGUGUUAUUUGUGUACUAGGAUGGAAGUACACCCAGACAUACAAACAGACAUAACUCUACAGUUAUACAUAGGAAGUUAAGAGAACCCCCAUGUUGUAAGCAGAUAGCUUUUUUUUUGGUUGAACAACUUUGGAAUUGGAUUCCAAAUAAUACCCAGAAUGAUCUUCAAAACCAUCCUUGGGUGUUUAAUAUACCAGCUGGGAUAUUUAUUCUAUUGUUGAUAUUAACUUUGCACCAACAAAUAUGUUGUUAAGCACAGGCGCUGUGUCAUAAUCUGUGAUGAACUAAUGUUUUCGCUGGUUUCACUCGAGGUCUGUUUAUCUACUCUGUAUUGUAUGCUGUAAAAGCAGGAAACAGGAAGUUGUUUUUUUUUUAAGUGGGGGGAGUGGAGGGGGCUUAGAGUGACAGGUUUCAGGUCUGCCUACGUAGUGGAGACUCCAAACGUAAGCAGGUGGGUUUCACCUCCUACCACUGUUUUAUCCACCCUCACGAUGACACAUAUUGGUCUUUGGUGGGCAGUUCCUGUACUGACGUAGCUGUGAAAUAAACAUCAGAAUACUG